AUACCGGCCGCCCUCUCUUGCCUUCUUCUUCUUCGUGGAAUCAAAGCGAUCAAGGUCUCCGUCAACGUCGUCGCCUGCAACAGCCCGACGACCGCGACGGUGUUGGGUACGUCCGCGGCAAGGUGGGGUGGUAGCUCGUCGGUGCUGGUGGAUGGAUGGGACUUCACCUCCCUCCCCAUACCUGGGCGGGCGCGAGGACUAGUAGCUGAGUGGCUCGUCGGAAUGGCAGCCCUGCUACGAUUUGUUCGCGGGAGACCUGAGCGCGACGGUGCUGCCGUCGUCGUCUGCUCGUCGUCUGCAUCAAUUGCCUCAAGACCUGCUUCCUCUCCUCGACAUCGCCCUCGACCACCGUCCCCGCCUAGCACGGUUGUCUCGACGCUAAUCGAAGUCUCCCAACUCAUCUCACCCUCAGUCUCAACAUCGC